GCUGCUGAGUAAGUCAUGGUAAUGCGAGCAACAGAAAGGAGCGUGCCACAGCGGAGGGAGAAAUCUGGCUAAUAAAAGGCUCAAAAUUGACUAAUCUCACCCAAAGGAUCUCAUUAAACGCCGCCCGAGACAUGCGCCUUUCACGGAAACGGUGGACUAUUUGCACUAUAAGUAUUCUCUUGAUUUUCUAUAAGACAAAAGAGAUAACAAGAAGUGAGGAACAUCAGGAAACCCAACUCGCAGGAGAGAUUUUUUUAAGCACUUCAAGACUGAUGCGCAACGCUUCCGAGGGGACGUUCGGUAAGGCCCCAUAUUUUCAGCAUUCAGUAUCUGGGUGGAGGCUGAAUUCCUCGCUGGUGAUGAUAAUUAGGAAAGAGAUACUUCACUUUCUGGAUGCCGAGCGAGACGUUUCCGUGGUGAAGAGCAAUUUCAAGCCCGGCGACAUUAUCCACUACGUGCUGGACCGACGCAGGACCCUCAACAUCUCUCACACGCUGCACAGCUUACUCCCUGAUGCAUCGCCGAUGAAGAACAGGCGCUUCAAUACAUGUGCUGUGGUUGGAAACUCGGGUGUUUUGCUCAACAGUGGAUGCGGAAAGGAAAUCGACAGCAAUGAUUUUGUUAUAAGGUGCAACUUGGCUCCACUGGCAAACUUCUCAGAAGACGUGGGGCUGAGAUCCGACUUCACCACCAUGAACCCCUCAGUCAUCCAGAGGGCGUUUGGCGGCCUCCGCAAUGAGAGCGACCGGGAGAGGUUUGUGCAGCGGCUGAUCAUGCUCAACGAUAGCAUUCUCUGGAUUCCGGCUUUCAUGGUGAAGGGGGGCGAAAAGCACGUCGAGGGUGUCAAUGAGCUCAUCUUGAAUCGGAAACUUCUGCUGAGGACGGCCUAUCCAUCGCUGAGACUCAUCCAUGCCGUGAGAGGCUACUGGCUGACAAACAAAGUGAAUAUCAAACGUCCCAGCACUGGAUUGUUGAUGUACACCUUGGCAACGCGGUUCUGCAAUGAAAUUCACCUUUAUGGAUUCUGGCCUUUUCCUAAAGACUCCAGUGGAAAUCCAGUGAAGUACCAUUACUACGACAAGCUAAAGUAUCGAUACUUCUCCAAUGCAGGCCCACACCGGAUGCCACUGGAGUUUAAGACAUUGAAAUUUUUGCAUGAAAGAGGUGCCCUGAAACUGACAACUUCAAAAUGCACACGGCCUUGAACUCUGAACUGCUCUGGGUAGUGAUGCCAUCAGACACUUAAGGGAACUUGAUGACUUCUGCUCAGUGUUGUUCAGUCUGCAAAGAUGGAGCAUAAACAAAAAGGAGCUUGCGUUUACAGCAUAGUUCGUAAACUCGAUUACUGUAUUUACAAAUGUAGCUUUCUUUUUUGAGUGUGCCUUGUUUGAACUUGAUGUUUAACAGGCACAACGCAAAGAAUGUGGUAUUUUAAGAAACAAAAUUGUGGAAAAUCUUUCAAAUGUUUCUUUUUAGGGAGUUGUAAAUAAAUAUAUCUGUUCAUUGUUUAGGGAUAGUUACAAAAUUUCACAUUGCCUACAGUAAGAAGGAACUCGACCCAGGGCUUUGUGAGAGAUGUUAAAAGAAUGAAGGCACUUAAGAUAUGAUCAGUUGUUAAUACAUUUUUGGAAAAGUAUUAGAUUUAUGUAAUUGAGGAGUUACUGUCCUAAAUAUAGAGUCCAAAGAUACUACCUUUAAUUUCACUAGAAUUUGUAAUGUGUGAAUUUUCAGGCUGUAUUCUUUUAGUAAUUAGAGGCCUCAGGGCAAAUUUAUUUUUGUAUGUCUAAAUGGGAGGUAACUGGUGAGUACCAAUUGUGCAGUUUGCAGCUGUAAUUUAUUGUAUUUCUUGAAUUUCAUUAGACAUUUUUAGUUGGUGUUUUUUUUUAUUUUUUUUUUAUCCUGGAUGUAAAAGCUUGCAGAAUGUAAUGCAUCUACGACUGCUGAACUAAACAACCUUGUGAAGCAACAUAAAAAACAGAAGACAUGAUGAUUUAGUCGAAUUUCAGAUAUUCUUCUUAUCUUGCUCUGAAUGCAUAACUGGUUAACUGACCUUUCCAAACUCUCUCAGGCUGAUUAAAAAAAAAUAAUCAUUCAGGCUCGGCGUAACUUUAAAAUUAAAAAGAAUACAAUGGAUAAAACUAUAGUUAAUAAUUAAGACAAUUAUUUUACACAUGGCUUUGUGUGUAGAUAUACAUAUGUGCAUUAUAUAUGGAUAAUAUAAUUGUCAAAUAAGAACAGUUACCUAUUGUAAUACAUGAUUCAGUUUCAAGAGAUUCAGGAGGGCAGUCUGUUAUUUAUAUGGUUAACAGUAAAAAAAAAAAAAAAAAUCUCCAUCUAAAAGGAGUAAAAAAAAAUGCUUACACUAAAAAAAUCCAGGAAUGAAAUAGAACAAAUAUUCUUGAGACCAUGGCUUAAACUGUUUUAUUCAGUUUAAAUUACUUGUGUUAAAAAAAGAAACUUCUACAAAGUACUGCUGUAGAUUUUUUUAUACCCAUUCAGACGUUAUGAAUGAAAAAAUGUAUAUAGCUGUUUUAACAUUGCUAUAACUCUAGGAGUUUGUGUGUUUUUCCCUUUUGUAUUCAUCCAUCUGUAAUUUGGAAGAUAGUUUUGAUGUUCUGUAAAUAAUACUUGUAUUUGGAUACAAACUAAGGUGCUGAAUGUGGUAGAUUUUGAAUCCUUUUUGAAAAUUUUGAUACCAGUUGUUUUGCAAUAUUUACAGCUUUAAAUUUGGUUUCACAUUUUUGUAAAAUGUCUUUCCUAUGUAUGUGAAAUGCAUUUUAGCAUCUAAAUUAAACGGUGUCGUUUACAACAUUGCAA